UAUUAACGCUAUUAAACUAUAUUAAAGUGGAAGUCACUUAACGGAAUUUUACAUGUUCUCUUCUGUUAAUUUAAUAAAAAAAAUAUAUUUUCCGAUCAGUCUUAUGUUCACGAUCAUAGUUUAUUUACGCAUUUUUAUACGUAAAACUGUAAAUCUUAAACAUUAUUUUUUAGUAAAAUUGUGUGCAUCGGGUAUUAUGACAUCAAAAAUCGAAUGUGUUGUUAGACAAGCAAUAACUACAUUUUCUGGUUCAUAUACAUCAAAGGCUUUUCACGAUAAUUUGAUUAAAUUGAAACGUAAUGCCAAUGAAUUGGACGCACGGUCAAUUGGCUUAGAUUUUAGAUUAUUGAGAUGGGAUACAUAUGAAUUGAACAACAAUCUAGAUAAAUUGUCUGGAUCCACAUUUAUACGACGUCAUCAAGCUCCCGUUACUUACAUUGAAGUGUUUGAAGAUGAAAAUGUAUCAAUCGGAGUGUUUGUGUUGAGAGAUGGUGCUAAAAUACCUUUACAUGAUCAUCCUUACAUGUAUGGUGUGUUGAAAGUUAUUUAUGGUAAAGUUAAAAUACAAAGUUACACUCCUGUGCAUAAGGAUUAUAGCCAAAUAAAGGACUGUAACAUUGGUGCAAUAAAAUUGACACCAAUUAUUGUUGGGGAAACAGAUGAUCCGUGUGUGCUGUGUCCAGUGGAAGGAAAUAUUCAUCAAGUGGAUACUAUUGAUGGUCCAGCCGCUUUUGUUGAUAUAUUAGCUCCACCGUAUAAAACUGAUAUUCCAGAAGUAGGGAAUAGAUGUUGCAGGUACUUUAAAGAAGUAAAUAUAUCUAAAGAUAUCAAAUUAGCUAUUAUAUCAGAUCCUAAAGAUUACUGGAGUGAUACAUCUCCAUAUACUGGACCUCAAUUUGAUAUACAUUUUGAACCUAAAACUUAAUUGUUACAUUCUUCAAACACUUUUGUACAUCAUGUAAUAUAAAAUAAUAUUAUUUUAUGACUACUAGUCAGCAGUGCCUAAAUUUAACGAUUAUUGUACAUAUACAUUUCAUUUUAUAUUAGUAAUGGGAGUUUGUGUAUUUUAAGUUUUAUAAUUUACAGUAUUUUUCAAUAAUAAUAUUUUUUUUAUCAGACAUUGGUAUUAUAAUGAGAUGUAAUUUAGGCUUUAAGAAAGAUACUUAAUUAUUUAGAUAACUAUUUUUAUAAAUUAUUAGUUWAUUUUCUAUACAAUAGAAAAUGUAAUUAAA